AUGAUGCAAAGCUCAGCACUCGCCACGGAAGGUUCUGUGAAGGGGCUUCCAGAAAUUCUUGGUGUGCCAAUGCAACAGAUCCCCCAGUGUGCUGGUUGCAACCAGCACAUCUUGGAUAAGUUCAUCCUGAAAGUCCUUGAUCGACACUGGCACGGCUCCUGCCUCAAGUGUGCAGAUUGCCAGAUGCAGCUGGCAGAACGUUGCUUUUCCAGAUCUGGAAGUGUCUAUUGCAAGGAAGACUUUUUCAAGCGUUUUGGUACAAAAUGCACAGCAUGCCAACAGGGAAUCCCACCCACCCAGGUAGUAAGAAAAGCCCAGGAUUUCGUCUAUCAUCUGCACUGCUUUGCCUGCAUUAUCUGCAACCGCCAACUUGCCACAGGGGAUGAGUUUUAUCUCAUGGAAGAUGGGCGCCUAGUCUGCAAGGAGGAUUAUGAAACAGCCAAACAGAACGACGAUUCAGAGGCUGGAGCCAAGAGACCUCGAACCACCAUCACAGCAAAACAGCUGGAAACAUUAAAAAAUGCCUAUAAAAACUCUCCCAAACCAGCCAGACAUGUGCGGGAACAGCUGUCCUCCGAGACGGGAUUGGACAUGCGGGUUGUACAGGUCUGGUUUCAAAACAGAAGAGCCAAAGAGAAGCGACUGAAGAAAGACGCUGGGAGACAUCGCUGGGGUCAGUUCUACAAGAGUGUUAAGAGGAACAGAGGCGCCAAGCACGAGAAAGAGAGUUCUGCAGAGGACUGCGGAGUCAGUGACAGUGAGCUGAGUUUCAGAGAAGACCAAAUCCUCUCAGAGCUGAGCCACAAUAGGAUAUACAGCAACAGCGGUGAGGUAGCUGGUGGACAACUGCUGAAUGGCGCUUUCUCUCUGGAUGGGACGGGACAAUCCUACCAGGACUUGAGGGAUGGAAGUCCGUAUGGAAUCCCACAAUCUCCAGCUUCCAUAUCAUCUCUCCCAUCGCAUACUCCAUUGCUAAAUGGUUUGGAAUACACAAUGGACAAUAAUUUAGGAAUAAUAGCACAUGGAGGGCAGGGGGUGAGCCAGACACUCAGAGCUAUGGCUGGAGGCCCAACUUCCGAUAUUUCCACUGGAAGCAGCGUUGGUUAUCCGGACUUUCCAACAAGUCCUGCCUCCUGGCUUGAUGAAAUGGACCAUCCUCCUUUUUAA